AUGACCACUCUUCGGGUGCUGCUACACAUAGCCGCUCAGCGUGACUACGAGCUUCACUCCCUUGACUUUUGCACUGCUUUCGUGCAGGUCUACGGUCUCCGCCAGGGACCGCGCGAGUGGCACGACACACUGAGGACUAGACUUGCGGCUCUUGGGUUUGCUCCCUCUACUGCCGACCCGUUGCUGUUUCUACGCACCGACACCUCUUUGCCGCCGUUCUACAUCCUCGUGUACAUCGACAACUUGAUCUUUGCCACUGCUGACACUGCUGGACUCCCCUAUGUGAAGUCUGAGCUGCAGAAGAGACACACGUGCACAGACCUUGGUGAACUGCGCAGCUACCUUGGCUUGCAGAUCACCAGGGACAGAGCACGCCGCACCAUUACCUUGACUCAGUCACACAUGGUGCAGGAGGUCCUUCAGCGCUUCGGCUUCACGUACUCCUCGCCUCAGGCCACUCCUCUGCCUACUCGCCACUCGCUCUCAGCUCUGCCUUCGGAUGAGUCCGUAGAGUCGAGUGGCCCGUACCCAGAGCUUGUUGGCUGUCUCAUGUACCUGAUGACCUGCACACGACCUGACCUUGCAUACCCUCUUAGCAUUCUUGCACGCUAUGUUGCUCCUGGGAGACACAGACCGGAGCACAUGGCUGCAGCGAAGAGGGUGUUGCGCUACUUGUGCAGUACGUCGGGCAUGGGGCUAGUGCUUGGAGGGCAGAGUCCAGUGGUCCUCACUGGGCACGCAGACGCUUCUUGGGCUGACGACCAGGCUACGCAGCGGUCGUCACAGGGUUACACCUUCAGCCUUGGUUCCGGCUCUGUUUCGUGGUGGGCUACUCGUUCGUCUUCUAUUCUCGGCUCCAGUUGUGAGGCCGAAAUCUACGUCGGGGCCAUGGCUGCACAGGAGCUUCGCUGGCUUACCUACCUGCUGACCGACCUUGGAGAGCCGCCUCGUUCUCCUCCAGUGCUGUACGUAGACAACAAGGCCAUGCUGGCCUUGUGUCGAGAGCAGAGACUGGAGCACAGAACAAAGCACAUUGCUCUCCGCUACUUCCUUGCUCGUGAGCUACAGCAGCGUGGUUAG